CAAUCCAUCUUUUAUCUUAGUACUUGAAAAAUUGAGGUAGCACAAUAUGUACGCUCACUAAUAUUUCUAUUUGGAUUUCGUGUGGCGUCUCGCAACAUGUAAAACCUUUGCUAAGGUCGACGCGGCAUUGCUUUGUUUACAUUGAUACAACGUGAACCGCUCAACGACUCUUCUGAGUUAGGUAGACGUAUUGAGGAGACAGAUGGGAAAACCUAACAAAAAACUCAAAGCCGAGCGUAUAAACGCAAUAAGAAAACAGUAUGAUUCCUUCAUCGAAGAAGAUAAAAAGCGUAAAGACCGGAAUGAGUACAUAUUAGAAAGACUUGACAAAAUUCGUAAUACCUCUGCUAUAGUACAAGUGCGUAAUGCACCAAAGGAUUAUUUUACCACAGUAAACCAAAACCAAUUGGUUGACGAUCGUAAGUACAUGGGAAAAUGUCUAUCUAGGUAUGAAAAACCACAAUAUUGUUUUAACACAGUCAGCAAUUCUAACGUGGUUACGUCAAUCAAUGAAGAGGAGAUUCUGAAAGCAAUUAGUAAAAAAUAUAUUCUUAUUCCAAGACACAUGAAUAUUUUAGAACAAGAUGAUAAUUAUAUCUUAAAAUCUAACUUUGAUGAUAAUGGUGAUUGGAGAAAGAAAUACAGUAUAUUAGAAGAAUUAAAGCAAAACAAGAAACAAGAGGAACAGGAAACUAAUUUGAACUUAACAAGAAUAAAUAUCAACGACGGAGAAUUGAACUCCAACAAAAUUGAAGAGCCAAAUCUUCAAACUACGUAUCUUUUAUCAAAUAACAAAAACCCACCCGAAAAUAAUCGAGAUAAUAUAGAAACCAUCACUAAUUAUGAUGAAGUAAUUUCUAAUACCGAAACCGACAAACUUGAAGAAAAACCAGAGAUCGAAAAAAAUUUUAUUAACGAUGCAGAUUUUAGCCAAGAUUUUAAAGAACCUAUUUCGAAUUGUGAAACAGAAAAUCUUUCAGAAAACACAGACAGUGGAAAGCAACCUAUAACCCCUCAAACAAUACCAACAAAUCCAACAAAAGACGAAAACGUAUAUGUAAGUAUCGAUAACGCCAAUGAACCACAUGUUGGAGAUUCCACUAAUGAUUUAACACAGAAGGAAAUAAUUCAAGCUGAAUACGAAAUCGAAAUAAAACCAAAAGAAGAAGAUGUUCAAUUAGAAAAAGUGCAAUAUUCGAAUAUUAAUAUCGAAAAUCAGAAUCUCGAGGAAACUUCACAAUCUAAAAACUAUCAACAUGAUGAAGAAAACGUACAAAAUAACAUUAAAUCCAAUGACUUGAAUUCGCAAGAGAAAUUGCUACCUUCAAGUGUAAAUGAACCUUUACCGGUUGAAAAUAUCAACUUAAUUGUACCAAAUAUAGAACAAGUGGAAGAUAACAUUAAAGAUCAAAUUGUGGAAAACCAAAUAGAGCCAGAAAAUAAAGAAGUACCUACAAUAGCUUAUAUUAAAGACUUCGAUGACACUGGACACGACGCUCAAAUUAACGAAUUUGAGGCAGAGCAAUCGGAGAUGUUUAAUUCAGAUCCGAAUGAUAUUGAGUACGCAUAUAAUCAAACAGGCAGUGCCGUAAUUGAUGAUUACGAAAAUCCCGAAGGUUAUGCACGUGACGAAAGCUACGCUUAUUUCGAAGGAACUGCAGAACAACAAGUAUAUUCCGGUGACAUAAAUCUUCAUGAAGAGACAACUGAGCAGUAUGAUCCUCAUUACGAGGCUCAAUAUGCUAAUUAUGAAGAUCGAAAUCAAAUAAUUGAGGAAAAUUACGAUAACUACGAAGGCGAAGUGAGCGACACGCAGCCACAAACACUUGAGCAAGUGCAAUUUGAGGUACCGGACAAUAAUGUCAUCAUGGAAGUGGAAAGAGAAUUGGAUGCUGAACAGAAUUAUAAUAUUGCACCUCCUGAGCCAGAGGACGAUAACAUUCACCUCACUAAUGAAGCCAAGAUACCAGAGGGCGAGGGCAAUACAGUUGAUGAAAAUCCGGCGCAGAGACCGGUUAGUUAAAUAUGGUGAGGAGAAUUUUGUUAAAUUUCCUUUAAUAACUGUUCGGUACAGAUAGCACCACAUUCGGUAGCGAACAUAAUUUGAUAAUUUUCUUUUUCUUUUGAUAAUCUAAUGUUUUAUAUUAAUGCCUUUGGUUAAUGUUUUGAGAAUUUAAUAGUAAAGUUUGUAUUGAAUUAUCGAAACUAUGAUUUGAUUCAAAGGUGAUUAAAUUCAAAUAAUUGUUAAUUAAA